AAUGCGCUGGUCUUUACGUCUUUUAAGUCUUAAUUAAAUUGCAUAUGCUUCUCGAAAUGGAAGCGUAUUACUUCUCCUGUAUGACAGUGACAUUCGAGCAGACGUAACGUUACCCUACGUCACUCUCAGAUGUAAUAAAACGUGCGGUUCUUCGGUGCAAACAUGGAGGCUAGACAGUGGACAUUGCUAACUGGCCAGUGUACAUGGAGCUUGUCCUCUUGAUAUAGACAGUUCGGGAACGUGAAAUAUGUUAUGGUUGUUUUUAUGAAUUGUCACUUUCAGUGUCUGUUAGUUUCUAUUGUCUGAUUAUAUAUAUAUAUAUAUAUAUAUAUAGUGUUUGGUCGCUGUAGUUGGCAGAAUGUAAACCCAUCCUGCCCGGUUACUCAUGUUCAGACACUACUUCUCUGAAAUAAAAUAUUUGGUUAGAUUACUACAUUUUAGACGGAGUCCCCUAGGUAGAAAAAUGACAUACAGAAGAGAAAGGGGCAUACGAGAAAUGUACGAUGAUCGAUUCCUAAAUGACAGACAAAGGCCAUAUGCGAGGGGUGGCCAUGUGGACAGACGGCCACCCUUUCCCAGACAAGAGGAGGACUACGGCCGGUACGAUUUUGACGGUGGUCUCCGGUUUUACCCCAACGGAGGUGGACCCCGGAAUUACCAUGACGACGGAAGGGGCUACCAUGGAGAUAACGCUCAUUUUUCUAAUGAACGCAGAGGCGGACCACCAUCCAGAAGGGUGAGAAGGAUAUGUCACACACAACCAUAUGGCUUUGCUCGUGGUCCACCUCCUCACAAUGUACGAGGCCAGGGCCUCUACCCAGCUCCCAGGUCGCUCCCAGAGAGCGGAGAAGACAGUUUAGUCCAGGCCAUUCUCAACCUGGACAGAGGGGAGGACAGAGACCAUUACAGGAGAAAAGCCGGCCCCUUCCCUUCCCUCAGGGAACGUUCUCCGGUCCGCCGUGAGGCAGCCCGUUCCCCUCACAGCCGCUCGGGCUCCAGCGUUAGCAGCAGAGGCUACUCACCAGACAGAACCAAGCCACUGCCAUUCCCCUCGCAGCAAAGCAAGAGUGCAGAUGGUCCUGAUGGUCACACGGGAGUUACUGAUCACCUCUGGGGGUCGCUGUUUGCUCAGCAAAGCGGACAUGACACUUUGGGCUAUGAAGACACGUAUUCACAGAGCAAGAUGACGGACAAAAUUCCUGGCCUCUCCAGAGAAGGCUCACCACACAGUGCAACAUCUAUCAAGGAAGAGAGCCAUCCUUCAGAAGCAGAAAAAUGCGAGGUACCGGUGGCUUCUCAGGUAGCGCCUGUGGUCGCUCCUGUUGUACCUCCUUCAGUCGUUCCUGGUCUAACGGCCGCGAUGGAGAAGACCCAGAGGCCGACGGAAAACCUUCAGGAACGACGGGCCCAGGCCAUCGCAGCUAAAGCCCAGGAGAUAGAGAAGAUGUACCGCCAGGACUGCGAGACGUUUGGCAUUGUAGUGAAGAUGCUGGUUGCGAAAGACCCAAACCUGGAGAAGCAACUGCAGGUUCCCCUCAGGGAGAACCUUGGAGAGAUUCGUGAGCGAUGCCUUGAGGAACUGAAACUCUUCAUUAACCAGUUGGACAGUGUGGUCCGACAACCAGAAACCUCCAUCUGUGACUCAAACACUCCGUCAACGUCGUCACUCACGGGUCAUAAACUUUCAAAAACUACGGUGAAUCACAGAUCCUCAUACUGACACGCUGGACUUUUUCCGAUUUCGCUUAAAUUAGACGGAUUGAGGAUAAGUUGACUGCUAGCCAUACUGGACUUGUUGGAUAUACUCUGGAAGCUGCAUUGAAGACAUUUUGACCGGAUUCUCAUCUGAGACAGACACAGCUGUGCAUCUGGAUUAGUUAAUUAAUUUGGAAUGGCUCAGUGUUAAGUGUUGACCAGAACAUUUUUACUACUAAGUUCUCCUGUUGAGUCUACUAAAGUCUGUCAAAUGUCAUUUUUGUUAAUUUAAAAAAAGGAGGUGCACCUUUUACCCCUCAGUUGAAAUGGUUAACAUGGUUUAACAUUUUUUAUCCUAUUUUCUUUUUAAUAAGAAUGGAAGUCUUCUUUUUUGUAGUAUAUUUACGGCAAUGUAUUACUUUAUAAAUUAUAAGGCAGUCAGACGUUAAGCGCUGCUAACUUUGUAACAGUUCAUCUUUACUGUAUAUAUUUGUACUGUUUAACAAGGGCCCAUGUUUUGUCUUUUGACUUUUCAAAGUGUUUAUCUCUCAUAAAAUCAUGAAACGUCAAGUGUUAUUUUUCUUUUGCACAAACACUCCGGAAUCUGUAGUUAAAUUAUUUCCGAUGUCAACAUUUUAUGUUACCAAUUAAUACAAUUUGACGAUAUAUAUUUCAUAUAUCAUAUACAGUGGAACCUUGGUUCUCAAACUUAAUUUGUUCCUGAAGUCACUUUGUGAACACAAAAGUUCAAAAACUGAAGCCAUUUCUCCCAUAGGAAUCAAUGUAAAAUGGAUUAAUCUGUUCCUGGACCCCAGAUGACUGCUUAUUCUAACCUUUUCAACGAUAUUUUGUGUACCGGUUCAUACAUGACACCAACUAAAAAAUAAUUUGAUCUAACAAAAAAAGAUAAACACCACUUAAUACAGAAUAAAGCUAUAAAAA